UCGUUAGCUUUAACUGGCGUCGAGCCAUGUGCUGAAGCCCCUGCUGUAGUAGAAGAAACUGACCAUUAUAAGACACCAAUGGAAACAAGUCAGCUGAUUCUGGAUCGGCUUUUUGAGGUUGGCUUUAGGGCCUACAGCAAAAAAGAGAUUCAGAAGCUCAGUGUCAAAGAAAUCAUAAAUCCACAGCUGUUUGAUAAUCUAGGCUUACCAGCAGUUGGUGGUCUAUAUGAUCCAACCCUUGGACCAACACGGCAUGAUGAUAUUUGUGACACAUGUGGGCAAACUGCCCGGCACUGCCCUGGCCAUUUUGGACACAUCAGUCUGGCAUUGCCUGUGUUCAAUCCAAUCUUCUUUAAAACAAUGUUCAAGAUUCUCCAAGGAACAUGUUUAACAUGUUAUCGCGUGAUGGUUCCAGAAAUUGAGGCGGAACUUUUUAUGUACCAGAUGCAACUAUUAGAAAAAGGAUGUGUUCUUAGUUCUUUGAAAUUGGAAGAAUUUUUCAUCCAGAUUGUAGCCCAAACAGAAAAAAAAAUAUCUAAGUUCGAGAUCUUGCCAAAGCUUAAAGCUUUCGCGAACGACUUGUUGACUGAUGAGGCUUCUACUUCAUCUACCGUUACUAAGAUGGUGGACUCUGAAUUUUCUUCUUUGGUGAGCAACAUGCUGAAAAAAUAUUUUGUAAUUAAGAAGUCACGACCCUGCCCUUAUUGCAAAACCACACCACGAUAUCUUCGCCAGGAAUAUUCUAGUCGUAUCAGUGUGAGCGGGAGGACAGCCAAUGAGUCAUUAAACGUUCCAGCAAAAACAAAGAAAAAACCUUCAUCAUCUACACCAGAUUAUGAAGAACCUGUUGAAGCAGAAAAUGAGAUGCCAGAAACAACUGAAGUGGAUACUUUGUUAGCAAAGGGGGAGGGAAAAUGCAUGCUAAUGCCACACUUAGCCAAACAGAUCCUUCGAGAAGCAUGGAAAAGAGAUGGAAAACUUCUUCAGAAGAUUUUCCACUGCCUGGAGAAAGUGCAGGAUACAGAGGCACCCACAGACAUGUUUUUCGUGGAAUCUGUGCUAGUGCCACCUGCUCGUUUUCGCCCUCUGAAUGUUCUUGGUGACCGCAAGUUUGAAAAUCCACAAACAGCAAGUCUCUCCAGAGUGUUAUCUGAAAACUAUGAAAUUAGUCAACUGCUGUCUUCAAUGAAAUCUAGUCCUAUGACUACAGUUGAACUAGAUGUGGAAAAGACUGCAGCCCAAAUUGCAGAACAACUGCAGUCAAAAUGGUUUCAGUUGCAGACUCUUGUCAAUAGUCUUAUUGACAGUGACCUGGACAAAAUAACUGCUGAUAAUAAAAAAAUACCUGGUGUGCGGCAGAUGCUGGAGAAAAAGGAAGGUUUGUUUCGAAUGCACAUGAUGGGCAAACGUGUGAAUUAUGCUGCUCGUUCCGUGAUCUCUCCUGAUCCUUGCAUUGGCACUGAUGAGAUUGGAGUACCACUUGUCUUUGCCCAGAAACUGACUUUUCCGAAGCCAGUUACUCCUUGGAAUGUUCAUGAGCUUCGCCAGAAUGUCAUCAAUGGCCCCAAUGUCUACCCAGGGGCUACUCUGGUUGUGAAGGAGGAUGGGAAUGUUAUCAGACUGAGCGCUACUGAUCGUGUUCAGAGGGAAGCUGUUGCCAAGCAGCUUCUCACUCCUAGUCAUGGAGCAAACAACCUUCAACUUCCAAAACAGGUUUACUGCCACCUCAAAAACGGUGAUGUUUUAUUACUGAACAGACAACCAACCCUUCACAGACCAAGUAUUCAAGCUCACAAGGCUCGAGUGCUACAUGGUCAAAAGACAAUGCGUCUGCACUAUGCAAACUGCAAAGCCUACAAUGCAGACUUUGAUGGUGAUGAAAUGAAUGCCCAUUUCCCUCAAAGUGAGCUGUGCAGGGCAGAGGCUUAUGGGAUAGUUGGCACCCAAUGUCAGUACCUAGUACCCAAGGAUGGCACUCCGCUAGCUGGCCUCAUUCAGGAUCAUAUCAAUGCAGGUGUUCUACUCACAAUACGAGGCCAGUUUUUUAACAGACAAGACUACUGCAACCUGCUAGAGAUGACACUAACUAGACGGCAGAAAAGAAUUCAUCUACUGCCCCCAGCCAUUUUGAAGCCAUGCUGUAUGUGGUCUGGAAAACAGGUUUUCUCCACUCUUCUUCUCAACCUUAUUCCAGAAGGCAAGAAACCACUCAGUUUAUUCAGCAAAACCAAGAUACCUGAAAAGAGCUGGACAACAAAGGAUGUACAAAGUUUCAGAGACUUGCUGUCCUUGGAACAGCUUGGAGAAAGUACAGUCAUUAUUAAGCAUGGGGAACUUCUCCAGGGGGUGCUGGAUAAGUCUCAGUGUGGGCCAUCUCCAUUUGGUCUUGUUCAUUCUGUAUAUGAGUUGUAUGGAGGGAAUGUGGCAUACCAGCUGUUGACUUGUCUCGGACGUUUGUUCACAUCCUUUCUUUCGCUGCAAGGCUUCACACUGGGGAUAGAAGAUGUUCUUGUCAAGACAAAAGAUGAUUCUAGACGUAGAAAAGUCAUCACUGAGUCUUCCAGCAUAGGACAUCAGGCAGCCCUGGUGACAUUUGGAAUGACUGCUGAGGAGUGCAGCAAUGAGGAGUUAAUGCACAAACUGAGAGAAGCACAUUUUGCAUCUGAUGAUUUUAAGAUGCAGGAACUAGAUGCUACUACCAAAAAGUUCACUGACAGAAUCCAGGACAAGAUUGUGAAAUGCACAAUGCCAAAAGGACUCUUUAAGAGCUUUCCUGCAAACAACCUUCAGCUUAUGGUGCAGUCUGGGGCCAAGGGAUCCACAGUUAACUGCAUGCAGAUGUCCUGUUUGCUGGGUCAAAUUGAACUGGAAGGUCGGCGCCCAUCGUUGAUGAAGAGUGGGCGCUCAGUUCCUUCUUUCCACCCAUAUGAUAUGUCGCCCAGAGCCAGAGGGUUUGUAAUGGGCCGUUUCCUCACUGGCAUCAAGACCCAGGAGUUGUUUUUCCAUUGCAUGGCAGGCAGAGAGGGCCUGGUAGAUACCGCCGUGAAAACCAGUCGCAGUGGUUACCUGCAGCGUUGUCUUAUCAAACAUCUGGAGGGAAUAAUGGUCAACUAUGACAUGACAGUGCGGGAUAGCGAUGGUAGUAUAGUGCAGUUCUACUAUGGUGAGGAUGGCAUGGAAGUAAACAAGACACCAUUCCUACAGAGCAAACAACUACCAUUUCUACUACAGAAUAAAGAUGUGAUUUGUGCCAGGAAAGAUUUAACCCUUGAAUUAAAGGAAGUUAGGAAAACCAAGAAAAAGAUAAACAAGUGGGAAAGGAAGCACAAGACUAAGGAACGAGCAUCAGGAUUCCUAAAUUUCUGUUCAGAUCAGAACAAGAAGCAUCUUAACAGUCUUGGAGAGGAUUUAUUGAAAAUUGAUAAGAAUGUAGGUAGAACUGUCUUGGCCAGAAGACUGCAGCUGGAAUGGCGUGGACUGGAUCUUAGGAGACGAGAGAAGUACUCCAGAAAAUGUAGUUGUCCAGACCCAGUGAUGUCCAUCUUUUGGCCCCAGGCUCACACUGGUGUUAUCCCAGAAAAUCUGCAAAAGUCCCUCGGUAGUGUACAGCAGGAUCUGCUUGCAUAUGGAAGGACUGGCGAUGCUGCAGACCUUGAGACCAUUGUAUAUAACAAAGCUGUGCAAUCAUUGUGCCAGCCGGGUGAGGCUGUUGGAUUGGUGUGUGCACAGUCUAUUGGAGAACCAUCCACGCAGAUGACACUGAACACUUUUCAUUUUGCUGGCCGUGGUGAGAUGAAUGUUACUCUAGGUAUACCUCGGCUUCGUGAGAUUUUGAUGACAGCCAGCCACACAAUCAAGACUCCUUUGAUGGACGUGCCAGUCUUCAACACACCCGAGGCAUUGACAGCUGCCCAGAAUCUACAGAGAAAACUGAACCGUGUCACCUUAAGUGAGGUCUUACAGACAAUCGAGACAACUGAGUAUCUUUUCUCAGAUGUUCAAAUCAAAGAUGAGAGACGUAGAAUGUACAAAAUACACUUCACCAUUCUCCCUUGGGAUUCCUACAAAGAGAAGCUACAAAUGAAACCCCGGCAGAUAGUGAAGUACAUUGAAGAUGUGUUUCUGCCUCGACUUUGUAGAGCUGCACUAGAAGCCAUGAAGAAGAAAAAGAAAGAGAUAGUAUCACAUGCAACCAUUCGCAGAAUUGCGAUUGAUCAGGAACAAGCAGAUGCUCCGCCUCUUGAGGAUGUGGAAUCUGAUGAUGAAAUUGAUGAUGGUGAUGCUACAGCAGACAAAGCACGAGACCGUCAGGCAGACACAUUGGAAUACCAGGGAGAGGAGGAUGAGAAGAUGGAGAUUGGUGAGACUGAUCAGGUCGAAGAUGACAUGGAAGAUUUACAGCCAGAAAACCAGACAAUCAUAAAAGAUGAGGAUUUGUCAGACAGUGAAAAUCAUGAGACAGAAGAGAGAAUGGACAGAAAGGGUUGGGAGCAGGUACGUGAAUAUCGCCGUCACAAAAAGGGGAAGUGGUGUGAAGCAGUUUUGGAGUUCCAAGCAUCUGGACAAAGAGUGGAUAUAAAGUCACUGGUGACAAACAAAGCUCAAGAGGCAGUCAUUCAGCAGGUUAAGGGCAUCACUCGAUGUUUUCUCACCAAUCAGCCAGACAAUAAUCAACGGGUGCAUCUUCGUACGGAAGGUGUCAACAUUCAGGAGAUAAUUAAAUACUUGGACAUACUGGAUCUGAAUGAGCUGUAUACUAACAGCAUUGCUGACAUUCAGACUACCUAUGGUAUUGAAGCAGCAACUAAAGCUAUUAUUAAGGAAGUGAAAGAUGUGUUUGCAGUGUAUGGAAUUCAAGUGGACUAUCAUCAUUUAUCAUUGGUGGCUGACUACAUGACCUACCAGGGCAGCUACACAGGCUUUAAUCGAAUGUCCAUGGGCUCCAACCCAUCACCCCUACAGAAAAUCACCUUUGAAACAUCAGUAAACUUUUUAUUACAUGCUUGCACCAAUGCCCGACCUGACCAGCUGAGGUCCCCAUCUGCUAGAAUUAUAGCUGGCCAGGUGGUACACUCUGGGACUGGAGCCUUUGACAUUCUUCAGAAGCUGUCUGUAUGAACUUGUUUUCUGAAGCCAAUACAUUGGAGAAAGGCAGAGAUUUUAUGGUGGAUUCAAGUGACUUUCUCCUGGCUCUGCUAGUUUGUCAAGACAGCACAUUUGGAUCUUACAUUUUUCAUGACAUGCAUGUACGUAAUAAAAGGGUGGACAUGGAGCAUUGCAUUUACAGUUUGAGAAUGGUUUAGUUCACUGUUAAUGCUUUGUAAUAGGACCCUGCUGAUUCCAUUCUCAUUUUUAACAGUUGCUGCGGUGUCUUGUCACAAACACUUUGUAUUCAGACCAGAGAUGAAAGAUUGGGCAAUCCAAUUCUUCAUGACUUCCAUAUAUAAUUAUAGAUAUUGUGAUUAAUUUUUCAUAUGAAACUUCAUGGCUUUUGAAAUUUGUAAAUGUAUGUGUUCUGUUAUUAUGAUAAAUUUGUAAUAAGAAA